AUGUCUCCUGUUGCCAUGCCUGUAGCCUCGGAUCCCCAGUUUACUCCUCUUAUAGAUGCCCUUCGUACUGCUCCGACAAGUCCAGAUGCCAAGGCUGCUGCUGACCGUCUCGCACGGGAAGUUUCAAAAACGGGCCUCUACGCAUUGAGCGAUGCACAUAUCAUAUCAAGUCUUCAUAAUUUCGCUACGAAUAAGAAAUCAGGUUAUGAACGCGAAUCUGCCGCCGUCGCAUUUCAUUCCUUAUGUACUGUCCUUGGCGCGCCUGUCGCUCCGUUGCUACUUCCGUCUCUCCCAAUCCUCUUCGAUCUAUACAUGGACAAGGGUGAUGUUGUUCGUGCAGCAGCAGCGACCGCCACCAAGUCCCUGUUGAAACUAUUCCCUCCCGAAUCUACUCGUAUUGUCUUCCGUCAUCUGGAAGAUAUUCUGAAUAACGGGAAAUGGCGGACGAAAGUUGGAGUGCUGGAUGCUAUGAAGGGCUUCGUUAAUUCUGCCAGGGAUGCGGUCGCAAAUGAGCUGGGUGCGACUUUACCCAAAGUAGAGGCUGCCAUGCAUGACACGAAAUCAGAAGUCUCUUCUGCUGCUAACAAAUGCGCUACUGCCUUAUGUUCCACCUUGGCAAAUCCCGACCUCACUCCCCAUAUUCCUUCGCUGGUCAAAUGUAUGGCAAACCCAGAUUCCGUUCCCGCAUGCAUCAAGUCUCUCUCCUCCACAACGUUCGUUGCCGAAGUCACGGCACCGGCGCUGGCUGUUCUCGUCCCACUAAUGAUUCGUGCACUCAACGAUCGAUCUAUGGAAGUUCAGCGCAGGACCGUGGUAGUGAUAGACAACCUCGUGAAGUUGGUGCGGGAUCCAAAUAUCGCAGCUACUUACUUGAGCUCCCUCGUGGACGGCGUCGAAAAGAUUGCCAAGGGCGCUGCAUUCCCGGAGGUCCGUGCUUUUGCGGAAACCGCUCUCAUCACUCUCCUGAAAGCUGGCGCGUCGAAGGACGGAACCCCGCCUACACAUCGUGAUAUAGAGGCAGAAACGGCUUCCACAUUGACAGUGGUCCUGACUCUUCUUCCGGAAGAGCUGAGACUGGAGUCGCCUCAGAAUCCCAGUGGACCCCACAUACCCAGGCAUACUCUUUUGAAGCAAGUCUUAGACUUCGUUGCUUCAUUGACCACCGAUCUUGUGUACGCCAGAAGAUUCUCUGAUUCCGGUACCUGGAAUCGCUGCAUUGGAGUCUAUGUUGGCCCAUGGUUGUCUGACCGUGUAACUGCUGGACCGCAGUUCGCGGAGAUUGUCCGUUUACACUUCCUUGCAAUCGACCAGGCGAAGUAUGCGCCUGCGCAGAAUGGAACUAGCGACGAGGGCGAAGUGUUGUGCGACACGCUUUUCUCCCUUGCGUAUGGUGCUCUGCUCUUGCUAUCUCAUACCCGUCUGCGCCUUAUUCGUGGCCGCCGCUAUGGUAUCUUGGGUACGAACGGAUCCGGAAAGUCUACACUGAUGCGACAGCUGCGCGACGGCAAGGUGGAGAACUUCCCGCCCCAGGAUCAGUUGAGGUGUGUCAUGGUCGAGCACUCGCUGCAAGGAGAGGACACGUCGCUGUCUGUCAUUGACUUCGUCACAUCGGACAAGGCUCUCUCGGGGAUCCCUAAGUCGAAGAUUCGGGAUCAGUUAAUGGAGGUCGGCUUUGAUGACAGCAGACAAGCUGAGGUCGUCGGCGGCCUUUCUGGUGGUUGGAAGAUGAAGCUGGAGCUGGCAAGAGCUAUGCUUUACCAUGCCGAUCUUCUUCUGCUAGAUGAGCCUACUAAUCAUUUGGAUCGCGCAUCUGUUAAAUGGUUGGAACAAUAUCUCAUGGCCCAGAAGCAAGUUACCUGCCUGAUUAUCAGCCACGACUCUGGCUUCCUAGAUACGGUCACAACGGAUAUCAUACACUAUGAAUCAAAGAAGCUCGUGUAUUACCCAGGCAAUUUAUCGAGCUUUGUUGAGAAGCACCCUGAAGCCAAAUCAUACUAUACCCUCGCGGCUACAUCUGUCAAAUUCUCCUUCCCUCCACCUGGUUCCCUCAUGGGCGUGCGUAGCAACACUCGCGCUAUCCUCAAGAUGACCAACUGCACGUUCACUUAUCCUGGGAGGAACAAACCUAGUCUUUUCAAUGUCAGCUGUGCCUUGUCUUUAUCAAGCCGUGUCGGAAUCAUUGGUCCUAAUGGGGCUGGUAAAUCCACGCUUGUCAAGCUGUUGACGGGCGAGACAGAACCACAAGAAGGCUCCGUCUACAAGCAUCCCGCUUUGAGAAUCGGGUAUGUCUCGCAACAUGCCACGCACCACAUCGAACGACACCUUGAGAAGACCCCCAUCCAAUAUAUUCAAUGGCGGUUCCAAGACGGACACGAUAGGGAGAUCUUGGAAAAAGCUACUCGGGUGCUCACAGAGGAAGAAAAGGCUCAGAUGGAAACCGACUUCAUCGGGAAGAACGGGCAACGACGCAAGCUGGAGAUGAUCAUGGGCCGGCAAAAGCUGAAGAAGUCCUUCCAGUAUGAAAUCAAGUGGCGUGGUUUGGACCACAAGUUCAAUACAUGGGUCCCGAGAGAUGAGCUGAUAGAAAAGGGCUUUGCCAAGCUUGUGCACCAGUUCGACGAUCUUGAGUCGUCGAGAGAAGGUGCUGGUUCGCGUGACACGGCCGCCCACGUUGUCCGUAAGCACUUAGAGGACAUUGGACUUGACGGAGACAUCGCCCAGUACAACGAGAUCUCUGGGUUGUCGGGAGGUCAAAAGAUCAAGCUUGUGAUUGCGGCGUGCCUGUGGAAUAAUCCUCAGAUUUGCGUCCUAGAUGAACCUAGCAACUUCUUGGACCGUGAAGCUUUGGGCGGAUUGGCCGUCGCUAUUAGGGACUGGGCUGGUGCUGUCGUGAUAAUUUCUCACAACGAGGAGUUCGUCACCGCGCUCUGCCCUGAGAUAUGGAAUGUCGAAGCAGGGCGUAUGACACAUAAGGGCAAGGUUACCGUUGUGGAAGACGCUUUUGCAUUCAAGUCGCCAAAGGGCAGCGGUGCCAACACACCUUCACGAUCGGCUGUUCAGAGCCCGGACGCUUCGGUGCAUGGGACGCCUGUAGUGAGCGGAGCCGAGGACAAGCUUGGCGCCGCCACGCCGCCCGUGAAGAAGAAGAAGAAGCUGACACGUAACCAGAUGAAGGCGCAGGAAGAACGCAGGAGAGUCAGAAAGUUCAACUGGCUGGCGUUCGGCGGCCCCAAACCCGAGGAUACGGAUAGCGAUACUUGA